AUGUGGCGCUCGAUGCGAAGGACUUCGUGCUCGGUGCCAUGGAUGACGGUGGCGCGGUGGCAGUCGACCAGUGGCAAGGAUGCAGCUGCAGCUGCUGCGCCUGCUGCAAAUGCCACUGGAGAGCCGACGAAGGCGGAUACUAGCGCCUCCGUCGAGACUCCGGAUGCGGUGAACGGCAGCAGCGCGGCACAGAACUCUGCAAAGUUGAACGCGUACCGCUUCCCUGCGGACGAGGUCAUGGACGCAGUGAAGAAGCGCGACUUCAAUGCGAUGCACACGCAUGCCACGAAGCUUGUUCAGAGUCAAUGGAGGGAGGAGUACAACGUGCCCGCCGCGUGCGUUGUCAUCUUUAUCGUGAUGUGGUACUGGAUUGCCUGGACGCGCCGCUCCAUCCGCCGCAAGUGCGAGGCUACGAAGGCAUCGGUGAAGCAGCAGACGGAUGAGAUGGUGGAGAUUGUGCGCAGCAUGACGGAGAAGUGGAAGGUCGACAUGGCCAAGGCGAACAAGCAGAUGCAAGGCAUCAUCGACAAGAACAGUGAGCUGACGCGCGAUAUCGAUCGCAUGACCACUGCCCUGCGGUCUUGCUCUAUCCGCCCUACGGCUGCUUCGGCUGCGGCGAUCGCACCAACAGUGUCAGUGGUGAAGCGCGUUGAUCCGGUCGACCAGGAGGCGUCUGCUGAGAUAACUGAAACUGCUGCCGGCGAGAGCAGCGAGGCAUUCGCCGUGGUGGAGGAGGACAAGGACUAG